UGGUCCCCGCGACCUUGGAUUAGGCGCUGGCUGCCCCUUCGGGAAAGUGGGGCCAUGUCUGCUCUUCAAGACUGGGCUGUCUGUGGGAGCAUCUGGACGCGAGUCUGUGCACACUGGUGGACCAUCGGGCCGGAUACUGCCCCUUGCUGGCGAACCUGACAGCGGUACCAGCACUUGGGAACACUGUAUGACACUACAUCAUGAGUGACAGUAAAUGUGACAGUCAGUUUUACAGUGUGCAAGUGGCAGACUCAACGUUCACUGUCCUAAAACGUUACCAGCAGUUGAAACCAAUUGGCUCUGGAGCCCAAGGAAUCGUUUGUGCUGCUUUUGAUACAGUUCUUGGGAUAAAUGUUGCAGUCAAGAAACUAAGCCGUCCUUUUCAAAAUCAAACUCACGCAAAGAGAGCUUAUCGAGAACUUGUCCUGUUAAAGUGUGUCAAUCAUAAAAACAUAAUUAGUUUGUUAAAUGUAUUUACACCACAAAAAACUCUAGAAGAAUUUCAAGAUGUGUAUUUGGUGAUGGAAUUAAUGGAUGCUAACCUAUGUCAGGUGAUUCACAUGGAGCUGGACCAUGAGAGAAUGUCCUACCUUCUUUACCAGAUGCUUUGUGGCAUCAAACAUCUGCACUCAGCCGGGAUAAUUCACAGAGACUUGAAGCCUAGCAACAUUGUAGUGAAAUCAGACUGCACCCUUAAGAUCCUUGAUUUUGGCCUGGCCCGGACAGCGUGCACCAACUUCAUGAUGACCCCCUAUGUGGUAACGCGGUAUUAUCGGGCACCUGAAGUCAUCCUGGGUAUGGGCUACAAAGAGAACGUUGAUAUCUGGUCAGUGGGUUGCAUCAUGGGAGAGCUGGUGAAAGGUUGUGUGAUUUUCCAAGGCACUGACCAUAUUGAUCAGUGGAACAAAGUCAUUGAGCAGCUAGGAACACCGUCUGCAGAGUUCAUGAAGAAACUUCAGCCAACUGUGAGGAACUAUGUGGAAAACAGACCGAAAUACCCUGGAAUCAAAUUUGAAGAGCUCUUUCCAGAUUGGAUAUUCCCAUCAGAAUCAGAACGAGACAAAAUAAAAACGAGUCAAGCCAGGGAUCUGUUAUCAAAAAUGCUGGUGAUCGACCCCGACAAGCGGAUCUCUGUGGACGAGGCUCUGCGCCACCCAUACAUCACUGUCUGGUACGACCCCGCCGAGGCAGAGGCGCCACCACCUCAGAUUUACGAUGCCCAGUUGGAAGAAAGAGAACAUGCGAUUGAGGAGUGGAAAGAGCUAAUUUACAAAGAAGUAAUGGACUGGGAAGAAAGAAGCAAGAAUGGUGUUGUGAAAGAUCAGCCUUCAGAUGCAGCAGUAAGUAGCAACGCCACUCCUUCCCAGUCGUCAUCUAUCAAUGACAUCUCAUCCAUGUCCACGGAGCAGACACUGGCCUCAGACACAGACAGCAGUCUUGAUGCCUCGACAGGACCUCUGGAAGGUUGUCGAUGAUGAGUCAGAAAUAGCAGACUUGUCAUCAGUGAAGGGACUCUCGCUUCCUGGGCCUGAAAUGCUUGGGAGUUGAUGGAACCAAAUAGAAAAACUCCAUGUUCUGCAUGUAAGAAACACAAUGUCUUGCCCCUACUCAGUUCUGCUAGGAUUGCCUGCUUAGAUUAUAAAAACGAAGCAGAUCAUGUCUGAAGAAAAAAAAAGUGCAAGCCACAGUUUUAAAAAUUUUGUUCAAGAUCAUUUCAGGUGAGCAAUUAGACAAGGUGACUUUUGUUUGAGUUGUAGGUGGUGGUGGUGACACUCAUCCGUAACUGCUGGGUCUCAUGUGCAUGUGACGACAAAUGCCUGCGUGACUUGCCCAUCUAGCACUUUGGAAAUCAGUAUUUAAUUGCCAAGUAAUCUUCCAGGUAGUGCUACUUCUAGAAUUAUCUCCUAAUCUUCCUAAGUAAUUGGAUGUCCGGAAAAAAAAUAGGUUCAUGUAUAUUAAUUGGCCACCAUCAUAUUAUCAUAUCUUACCUUCUUUUACGGUAUGAUUUAUUCUAUCUUUUGUAUUUCAGAAAGAUUAUAAUGGAAUCUAUUUAAUAAAUAAAACAUAUAGCUUUCUUAAGUUUGCCAUGUUUUGGCUGAGAAGUCUCACUGCUAUCACCAGGACCACAUCCCUGGAUGCUGUCUUCUCUGAAUGGUCUGGUCUCGGGUGAUUGUACAGUCAGCUUUACUGCAUGAUCAAGUUCUGUUUUAUUUUGUGCUACUUAAAACACACUCACCUUUGAAGUCCUGUCUUCCUUAUGCCGUUUUCUCUGGGUCUUCUGGGCUUACUAUUAAUUUAAAAUACUACCUGAAACUCCCAUCUGCUUUAUUAAGCAUAUGACACCUGUCUCAAUAAUACGAUGGCAAACAGAUUCCUGAAUCCGCUGCCUAAUGGUCGUGUUAAACUUUCCGAAAUGGUCGCUGACAGUUGUUGCAAUCAUUGACUUCGUCAGAGACUGGGGUAGGUGGUUCACUUCUGUCCCUGGGGUGAAACAGGAGAUCUCAAAAGGCAGCGGUUCCCUCGGCCAACCCCGCGUUCUCACUUGGCUUUUUCUCUGCUGAAAGAAGCCAGGUGAGUGUCCCUUUGGUCUGUCGCAGGGUGGGGCUGAGUCGGGAGGCCCGCCUGCUGCUGCUGUUGCCUUUUGUGGCUGCCUAGCCGCCUUGCCCUCCCUCGCUGAGGGAAAUCUGUGAAUGUCCUGGGACACUCUGCAGAGGAAUGUGAAGGAGAAACCCUCCAGAGUAGUGAUUAACGUUGACUACCUUCUGAUUUUAAACUGCUCACCUGAAAUUGAUGCUUUCAGACGUGAUGAAAUGUCAGGUUUUCAAGAUGCACUAAGAUACUGAGUAUACAGUGUCACUGCAGAAAUGGAGUUAGGGCGAUCACACUUUGGCUGCCUGUGCUCUUAAUGUGUUUCCCCUCGAGCUUAUGUUGUUACCAAUUCAUUAUCUCGUAUUCACUUAUUUGAAGCUAUUUGGUCAAUAUUCUAUAGAAUGUGUUCUGAAGGAGGAAGAAAGUUCAUGCUAGAUGUAAAAUAUAUGAUUCUAUCUGCACCGGUUGUAUCUUAUCGGUUGGUUGGUCGGUCUUGUCACUGGAGACUGGAACCCUUGAGGAACAAAAUUGACAUUGAGAUAAGAAGUAGUUUCCUGAAGUGUCUUCUAGACACCUUCAAGAACAAAGAGGAAACAGUAACUUGGAUUGAGGCCAAAACACCUGUUCCGUGGCUUGGGGGCAUUUCCACCUUGUAGACCUGAUGGUCUCGGUGAGGAAGGCAUCACUAUGCACACGUCAGCAUCUUAUGAUGGCCUUCUCUCUAACACACAUUCAAAUAAAGAGACUUUACUAAAUCUAGUUUAAAGGCAGAAACAAAGAAAAGGGAGAGUUUUACAAACACGUCACCUGCCACAGGUGAGGCCUCCUCUGGGUCCUACAGGGUGGCCUCUGCCCGCGCACUGCUCUGUGCACUGAGUGAGUCUGCCGUCCUGAAUGGAGCCGUGUCAGCGUGGACAGGGUCUCCACCAGAGAGAGUGCACCAGGACAGGCACCGAGCUCCACGGACAUACCUCACCCAGUAUUAGGGUCCCCCCUUGUGAGCCGACAUCUGCCAGGGUCCUGGUGCAGUAAGAGUGCUGGGGAUAAAUGCUGUCGUGGGAUAAAGAACUGAAAAUGUGCUCAACUUUCUCAUUUUUUCUAUUUUAUUUUUGUAAUUUAUAUUGUACACAACCCUGGAAGUAACUAUUUUGGACAUGUAUUUUUAUAAACCAGGUAAUUUAUUAUUAUCCUGGAAUUUGGACUAGGUUUGUUUCUUUUAUUGGCUUCAUUUUCAGUCCAGAAGGAAAUGACUGCCUCCCUGAUGCCUGGGUCUUCAUUUCAAAUGCAGGUUCCGGAGAGCAGAGAGAGUUCUACCAGAAUAGAACAGUCUGGAAACACUGGCCACACCACGUUGGCCGGGCUCUGGGCCGGGAGAUAGAAACAAGGCUCAGCUCUCGGGGGCCUGGAACAGGGAGCCUCAGUGCCGAGAGGCGAGCACCCUCGCCGGGGCCCUGCUGACACCCAGAGCCCAAGUGUGAAACACAGAGUGGAAUACCGGUUUAAUCCGGAUUUCAUGCUGUGUAAGGAUAAUGAUGUCUGAGUCCGUCUGAUUGAUUUCCAAUGUAACUCCUCUGGUAUUUCAUAUGAUAGCAAAUACAGGUGUGACCUUUCAGACUGCAUAUCUCAAAAGUAACAUUGCCUAAUGUUUUAUAAUAAAAUAUAUUGUGUGUGUUUUGAUUGGUGAAAAUAAUACAGACUACAUUUUAAAAGAGAAAUGUAUAGCAUGUCCAAUUUUUUGUUUUG